AUGGCCAAGAAAUCUAAUCAGACCCUAGUCUUGUGUGUAGUUUUACCUAAUAAGAUAAAUCUCAACAUUACUGUGGGGUUUAAGUGCAGGGGACAGGAAGUGAUAAGCCAACUGUCUCAACUACUUGGAAUUAAAGAUCUUCAUCUCUUUGGUCUAAGUCUGAAAAAUGGUCAUGACCAGUUAUUCCUGGACUUGGAGAAGAAACUAAGAACAUACUUCCCUAAAGCAUGGAAGCGCAACACAUCUUUGGUAAUGCCACAGGAAAAGAUCAUUCUUUAUUUGAGAGUGCGGUACUACAUAAGAAAUGGUCGACUGAUUGCAGAAGAAAAGGCCCGCAGCCUGUACUGUGCUGAUCUGAGGGGCAGAGUUUUAAAAUCGCAGUGUUAUGGGCAGGAGGGCCAAUACUUUCAGCUGGCUGCAUAUGCUCUACAGGCAGAGCUGGGUGACUGGAGAGGAAGCCAGGAACCAUACUUCAAUCCACAUGAAUAUUUUCCUUCUUGGGUGGGUUGAUAUAUUUUGGAAAGACGUGGAUGUGACUAUGUGUUGCAACACACCCCUGGUCUUCACAGAGAGCUAAAGGGAAUGUCUGCAUCUGAUGCUUCACUGCUUUUUAUUGAAGAAGCCUGCAACCUCAGUGAUGUGCCUUUCUCAUUCUACACCAUGAGCAAGGGAAAAAGAGAACAGAGAGGAAAUGUGUCAUUGGGACUUGCGCUGACAGGACUGCAUGUAUGUGAGAUAGUCAAUGGAGAACAGCAGCUUUUGUAUGAAUUUGCCUGGUCAAGCAUAGAUCGCCUUACCUUCCAGGGCAGAAGGUUCGAGAUAAGGGUGAACGCUGUAAGUGACUCAACCUUGGUGUUGUAUACAUGCUCAGCGCUACACUCUCAACACCUGCUAAAACACAUAAGCACCAACCAUCGAGUCCAUCUCAACUCGAAACAUUCAGCCAAACCACAGACAGCAGAAGGAAAGCGUCUGAGAGAGAUGUACAUAAGGGACAUUAAUGAUCCAGAUACAGAGGACAGUGAAGAUGAGCUUCCACCCAUAAAGAUCUUUCUGGACAGGGCACGGCAGCAUCACUCUAUGUCAGCCCUAAACAUGUGGGAGAGUGACUUUAGAAUUCCAAGAAAAGGAAAAAGUAAAACAGGGCGAGAAUGUCAAGUGUAUUCAGAAACACCUGGUGCAGCGCAGGAUGGACAGACAGACAGACAGGGUUUUACCUCAGCUGACUCAGAUGAAAUUGAGCUCUGUGUUGAUGAGCCAGCUGAGAUGUUUGUUGAUGACCCAGAAGAGAUCAUAAAUGUAACUGAGCUGCUAGAGGGUGUAUCUGUAGAUGGCCCUUUAACAAUGGGUUUAACACCCUGGGUUGAUGUUACAGUAGAGAUGAAACAUUUAACCGUGAACGUGCUUCUGCUGGGUUCAAUCUACUCAGAGUUGAGUAAUCUAACCCUGAACCGCUUUUCUGGAACAGAAAACUCCGGCUAUGACACGGUGAGAUAA